CAGUUCAGACCAAACACGUUCUUGCUAAAAAGAAUAGCAGCGCAACAAAUAGAAGUGAACGCAGGUGUCUCGAGGCGCGUUAACCGCGUCUAAAUAACGCGGCGCACGUGCGCAAGACGCUGGAGAGAAACGCGGCACAAUGGUCAAAUACGGACGCAAAGGUUCCACGCUUUUGGGCAUCCGUUCAAUUGCAGCUGACUGGUUUUUCCCCCAAUCAUAGCGUAUAGAAGCUUAUGUACAAUUUGGUUUGCGGUAUAAGCCGGAAAACUAAAAGAGCUUAGAAGUUAUUCGUCUACAAAUUGAGCCACAGAGAAAAAAUAUUAAAGCAGAACUUCAUGAAAGCAAACGCGACGGAAUAAGUGCAUGUAAUUUCUCGGCAGCUGCGGAUAAAUUCAGGUUCAUGGGCAAAGAAAAGCGUGCGGGGCGUCAGGAGCGUGUCCGCUUUGGCUGCAGGUAACAACGCAUCCUUUAUGUGCGGACUGGAGGCGGAGGCAGAUUUGGGGUGGGGUGGACCAGAGGAUCCGGUUUCGCCGGGAGAGAAACACACAGUGGUUCACCGCUCCUCCGCACACACUUCACCGCAUGCUGUACCAUCACACAACGCGCUGUUUUGGAGACUGGACACUGAGACAUGCUGAGACACUGAGACACUUCUUCUCUAUUGUGAUGAGCAUUGAGCACCAGGACAUCCAGGCACAAGAACAGUUUUUACCCUCAGGCCAUUUACCUCAUGAACAAUUAAACUGUCUCAGGAAUCCCCCAUUGUGCAAUAAUAUGGAUCCAUAAAGAUCAGAAGCCAUGGAUGAUGAAACAUACAGAGGACUUGAAAUAGAUUAAGGAAGUCAUUCAGCCCAUCUAAAUACUCAGUGGGAAACUACUUGCUAAUCACUUACUGAUAACAUCAAUGAAGGUCUUGUGCCGACAAUGUUUUUCUACAUCACUGGAUAGUCAUAUGAAGUUUAAAUUAAUGAAUGGCCAAUGAACAGCCUCCAAAGUCAUUUUACCAGAAGCUUAUGGACCAUAGCUAGGGACUUCUAAUGGCUAAACCUUAUUCCGUGAGUGGUUUUCUCUUUUGGGUCACCGGGAGCACUGUAGAAUGGAGGAUCCAUUCCAAACAUUCUCUCAAGGGUCUGUCAUUCUACCUCCAAAAAGAAUGAGCAAUUUUUGCCAGAUGGAGAUUUGUGCACGUUGUUACUGAACUGCUCCAAUUGUUCGUUUGACUGGACAGAGAGUUAAUAGGACCCUGAAGAGGAGGAAUUAACUUGAUGAGGAUGAGGAGCCAGGCUGCAGUUUAAAGAGAGGGUGAAUUGGGAAUGGACAGUGAAAUUUCAAACAAAUAUUGCUUUUUGCGCUGCAGCUGGGAAAUAUGAUAAGAUAGUCAACAGACAAAACAGAAACAGUUCUUCCUCUUUUAUAUUAAAGACAUAUAGUACACUGGUGGAUUUAACAAAGCUGCUCAGGUGUAGCCAUCUUUUGGCUGACCUUUAGGUCUUUUAAUGAGACACAGAGAUGCCCCAACUAUAUUGAACUGUGUCAUCCUUCCUACCUUGUUGUUGAGGUUGUCAGUUAUGAUGCUUCGGAGAGGUCUACUGGCCUGGCUCUCUCGUGUGGGUGUUCUGUUAGUGGUGAUAUGCUGUUGCCUUUCCCUUCUUUAUGUCAUCACUUGCAGUCCCUACACUGAUGUACCCACUGCUGGGCAACACUUGCCUAGGGCUGGAGGGAUUGGGAUUGCAGGUGGUCCAAGCCACCCAGGUGGGGUUGGAGGUUCCCCCAUUGGCCCAGCCAGUCGGGAAGGGUUCCAGGCCUUGCUACAAGAGCGAGAAGACCAGCACCGGCAGCAUAUUGCCAGCUUGAAGAAACAAAUUGCUCAACUUAAAGAGGCUCUCCAAGAACGCAGCGAACAACUAAAAGGGAUGCAAAACUCUUUAGAGAAGAUGGUUGAGAAAGGCACAGGGGGCGACGUGGCUGAUGACCACAAUCAUACUAACCUGCAAGAGUUCCUGCGCAGCCAGCUGAGCCGGGCUGAGGUACACACUGGCAUACGACUGCCAAGCGAGUACGCCGUGGUGCCCUUUGAGAGCUUUACGCUACAGCGUGUCUACCAGCUGGAAAUGGGGUUGACCCGUCACCCUGAGGAAAAGCCAGUGCGAAAGGAUCGUAAGGAUGAGCUGGGCGAGGUGGUGGAGAGUGCACUGCAUUCCCUUAAUGCCCAAAAUCAAGGAGGGGACAAAACAAAAGCCAGCAAAGUCUACACACCAUCUGACUUUAUAGAAGGCAUCGCACGCACAGAAAAGGACAAAGGCACACUGUACGAGCUGACCUUCCAUGGUGAGCAAAAGCAGGAGUUCCGCAGGCUGGUUCUCUUUCGGCCCUUCGGCCCCCUCAUAAAAGUGAAGAGUGAGCUUGUGGAGACGGCCAACAUGCCAAUUAACAUUGUGGUGCCUCUUUCCCAGAGAGCUGACAAAUUCAGACAGUUCAUGCACAACUUCAGAGAGGUGUGUGUGAAGCAAGACGGGCGGGUGCACCUUACCGUGGUUUACUUUGGAAAGGACCAGAUGAAUGAGGUCAAAGGAACCUUGGAGAACACAUCAAGGGAGUUGAACUUCCAUAACUUCACACUGAUUCAACUUAAUGAAGAGUUUUCUCGGGGUCGAGGGCUGGACGUGGGUGCUCGUGCCUGGAAGAGAGGGAACGUCCUGCUCUUCUUCUGUGAUGUUGAUAUCUUCUUCACAGCUGAUUUCCUGAAUACAUGCCGCCUGAACGCCCAGCCCGGAAAGAAAGUAUUUUACCCAGUUCUCUUCAGCCAGUAUAACCCAGCUGUAAUCUACGGCAGCUAUGAUCACAUCCCCCCUGUGGAACAGCAGCUGAUCAUUAAGAAAGACACUGGCUUUUGGAGGGACUUUGGCUUUGGAAUGACCUGCCAAUACAGAUCAGAUUUUAUCAACAUAGGUGGUUUCGAUGUGGACAUUAAAGGCUGGGGUGGCGAGGAUGUCCACCUGUACAGGAAAUACCUCCACAGUAAUCUGCUAGUAGUGCGCGCCCCAUCGCGCAGCCUCUUCCAUCUGUGGCACGAGAAACACUGUGCUGAUGAACUGCCCCCGGACCAGUACAAAAUGUGUAUGCAGUCCAAAGCCAUGAAUGAGGCCUCGCACGGGCAGCUGGGCAUGCUGCUCUUCCGUCACGAGAUCGAAGCACAUCUCCGAAAACAGAAACAAAGAAGCGGAGCUAAAAAAGCUUGAAACGUGUUACUGUGCCUUUAAUAUUGCAUUUAAAAGAUGCUCUUAAAGGGAUAGUUGACCCAAAAAUAAAACUUCUGUCAUCAUUAACCAAUACGACUUUCUUACAUUUUCACAAAAGAAAAUGUUAGGGAGAAUGAUAACCCUGUCAGUCCUUAACAUUCGGCCUAACGUCUCCUUUUGUAAUUUUGUAAGUCAUACGAGUUUGGUUCAACAUGUAAGUGAGUGAAGUAUGACAACAUUUUCAUUUUUGAGUGAACUAUCCCUUAGAUCAUAGAUGAGAAAAGGAGUGUAGAAACUGAAAAGUGUGGCCUUCAGUGAAGAGCCGGCCCCAGGAAUACAGCAAGAGGCAGACAAGAUAGUCAAGUGCAGCAGAUGACCUUCAAGUUUUCAUUCUCUUUUGAGUGUUAUAAAAUUAUCCUUUAUCUGCAGUAUUAUCCAGAUACAGCACAUGAUGUCUGCAAUACACUCGUGCACUUCAGAGAGAAGUAUCUAUUAUGCUUUAAAUGGCUGUCUUUUGGAAACCUUUCUAUGCUACUGGAGGUAAGACACUAACUAUAAAUGGUAGGGGAGCAUGAGGAGUGUUGGAACACAUUUAGUUUCAACAUCUGUAACUUUGUGGGGGGGGGGUUUGUGCUGUGUCUCAAACUUUUAUAUAAUGUUACCCAGCCCUAUUUAAUUUCAAGCAUUUUAAUACAAACACAGCAAACAAAUUGGAAACAAAUAUAGAUUAAAUACAUAAAGCAUAGGUGUGACGAGGAAGAGGAUGUAGCCGGGCAGUGAGGGUGCACGGCCACCGCUGAGUCACCAAAUUAGUGGGAGAGGGAUAAAGGAAGAGCCGGGACACCAGAGGGAGAGAGAGAGAGAGAUGCACAUGGCCGUUAUAUAUAAAAUAUAACGGACAGUGUGUGUUAGUGUGUGUCAGUCACUUUCACAUCAUUUUGUGCAAUCUUUGUGGGUUCAGAAAUUGUACUUUGGAAAUUAGUGUUGCAACACUCCCUCUACCUCAAGCCUUAAAGCUGGUAAUGGCAGUGUUUCUAGAGUGUUUGUACACUAUCAGGCAAAAGUGAGAUGUGUAUUCAUUAAUUGUACCAUUUAUGGUAUAGUUUUGGUUAUUUUAGAAGUUUAAAUAACUUUUGUCUCCAGUAGCGAUUCUAGCUUGUAUGGCGCCCUGGGUGAAACCCACUUCAACACGCCCCCGAAGUUGUUGACCGGGUGGGAUUGGGUUGCGGCGAAGUUGUUGACCGGGGAGGGGUGGUGGGCGAGUGAUGGUGAUUGUAAAUUAGAACGCCCCCAACGUUGUUGACCGACACUGUUUGUCUCUUAGAUUUAUACAACAGACGACUACUUAAAAUGGGCUUGACUUUACUCCAUGGUGGAAAACGCAAAGACACAGAAUAAUAGAUAGAAAAUGCCUUAUUGCUUAUUUACAUAUAGUAGUUGGUGCAGUUGUUAACUGUGAACUGAAUUUCUCAGUCAGUGAGGGAAAGACUAUAAAGAGCCUUAAUGUGUUAAACUGUGCUCACAGUCAAUAUGAUGAGUGGUUCAAAGAACUGCAAUUAUUAUUGCUAUUUUUUGUUUUGAACAUGACCCUUCUUUUGAUUUAUUGAUGAUGUGGCGCUAUGUACCGAUGCCGUGUAUUAAAAUGACCUGUGACAGUACGGUCUUACAGGGCAACUUCACACAAAACAUAUUUAUAACUGGUCAGACAAGCAUUGGAAAACAAAUUUGAUCUGGAUUUUUAAAGAGAUCAAUAACUAUAAUAUUUUAUAUUUUGUAUAAUAGCCAAAUGAAUUUUUGAAAUGUAAAGACUAUUAUGGGUACUGAAGAUGAACAGUAUUAGGAGGUUUAUUUUGACUGUGAAUACUUUUGGUGCACAAUUUACAAUCUUCAGAAGUUUCAAGAGGUUUACUGAAGUUCAGGCAGACUACAAGUUCAGGCCUGUCAGAUAAAUGCAAAGCACACGUGUAGAGUAGUUUCAAAAUAAUUCUUUAUUUGGGGACAGGAUGCUUUUUAUGAACCAUUUCACACCAAAAAGUCAAAUAUUGUAUGUCUAUUUGUGUUCUGAAACUAAUUUGUUUUGAGAAAAACUAGCUCUGAUUUAUUGUAAAUGAAAAUAAUUUUGAAUUUUAAGGACAGAGCAGAAUAAAGUGAAGCAAAAGUGUGA